UCAGCGAAGACCAUCAGCCAGGCACCGCGGUCAAAGGAGAGGGCGACCAGGACGGACAAGGACGACCAGAGGAAAGAUGAGCCAAGUCGUGAGGAGGACCGGGGCAAGAAGUUCUCCAGGAGAGUGAACUACAGUCCCCCGUCCAGCUCCCCGUACAGCCGAGACAGCAGACGAGGGGAUGACCGUAAAAGGGACGACCGUACCAGGAAGCGAAACGAUUACGACCGCAACCCCCCGAGACGGGACUCGUACCGGGACCGUUACAACCGUAGGCGGGGUCGUAGCUACAGCCGCAGCAGGAGCAGGAGCAAGGACCGGGCCAGGGACCGGGACCGGGACAGAGACAGGAGCAGCAGGAGUCACAGCAGGAGUCACUCCAGGAGCAGAGAGCGGGAUGCUGGGAAGUCAAAGUAUGAGGCCGACCGAGGAGACCGGGGGAAGGAGGUUGGAGCUGGUGACGGCCUCCUGCCGAUCCCCACGGCAACCACCACGUUCCCCGUGCCGACGCUCAGCAGCACCAUCACGGUGAUCGCCCCUCAAGGUAACCACAGCAACACCUCUGUGACGGACAGCUGGUCGGACUUCCACACGGAACACUCACUAGACCGGCCCCCUCCGCCACCACCCUUCAACCGGGGUCCGCCCCCUCAGCAAAGGAAACGUUGCCGUGACUACGACGAGAAGGGCUUCUGUAUGCGUGGGGACAUUUGCCCGUUCGACCACGGUAUUGAUCCAGUGGUGGUGGAGGACGUUAAUCUGCCCAACAUGUUCCAAGCCCCUCCCCCUGUCCCGGGGGUCGCCCAGCCCCCCCCAAGCUUACCGCCCCCCCCAGGACCUCCCCCUCUCAUGACCCCAGCGCCCGUCAACCUCCGCCCCCCUGUGCCCCUGCCAGGCAGCCUGCCGCCAGGCCCCCCCCUCCAGGCAUCAGGGAUGGAUGCUCCUCCUAACUCCGUUCCCACUAUCGUAACCACAGGGAUACGAUCCUCCAUCCCCCAGGUCCCACCGCCUCUCUUCUCACCAGACCAAUAUGAUUCUGACAUGUAUAACCCUGAAGCUCCCAGCCUCACCACACAUCCAGACCUGUGUCGCCACAGGGUCAACGCCCAAAGACCCAACCUCAUAGGACUGACUAUGGGGGAGGACCUGCCUCACAGAGACCGAGAUAAGAUGCCCAACAGCAACAGAAUGAGGAUCGUUCUGGAGUCCGACUCUAGGAAGAGAUCAGCUGUCUCAAACGACAGAGGGAUGCCCCCCAUGAAACCCUGGUCCGACAAACCUAACUUCAACCCGCAGAACCUCCAGGGUGGGUUCCACAACAAGAACCCUCCCCACCAUAACCAGAGGGCUGCGUUUGGGUCCAACACCAAGCUGACGGUCCGACAGAUCCCACCGGAACUCAACAACAUCUCCAAGCUUAACCAACACUUCAGCAAGUUCGGGACGAUCGUCAACUUACAGGUGACCUAUGGUAGUGACCCGGAGGGUGCCCUGAUCCAGUUUGGCUGUCACGAGGAGGCUAAACGGGCCAUGCAGAGUCCCGAGGCCGUUCUCAACAACCGCUUUAUUAGGGUCCACUGGCACCGUGAGGACGGGACGGGACCACAACAGGGGACGGGACCACAACAGGGGACGGGACCGCAACAGGGGACGGGACCGCAACAGGGGACGGGACCACAGCAGGGGACAGGACCACAGCAGGGGACGGGACCACAACAGGGGACGGGACCGCAGGGGCAGCAACACCAUCAACCACACUCACUCAUGCAGGUGCAGCCGCCAGCCACUAGUCUGAAACAGUCAGUCAAAGACCGCCUGGGCCCUCUGCCUUCUGACAGCUCAGAGCCCAACCAAGACUCUAGUGUUGCCUCUCAGAAUGCCUUCAAAUCUAACCUAUCGGUGAAGGAGAGGCUGGGCUUCCCCUCUAAACCAGGAAGUAACCCUAGUGGACCGGCAGGAAAGGUGUUCUCCACCUCUACGGGGCUGACUAAGACAGUUUACAACAUGGCUGCUCUGAAAGCAGCUCAGAAGACUGCUCUGUUUGCUGGGGUCACUGCCACAGAGGAGGCUAUGAAGAACAAACAGGAAGCCCUGCGGCUCCAACAGGAAAUGAGGAAAAAGAAGCAGGAAAUCCUGGAGAAGCACAUCGAGACUCAGAAGCUGUUGAUCUGUAAGCUGGAGAAGAACAAGGCCAUGAAGCCAGAGGACAAGGCAGUGAUUAUGACAACGCUGGGGACCCUCACCAAGAGUAUUACCAAACUACAGCAGGAGAUCAAAGGGAUCUCUAACCCUUCAGCACUACGGGGGCCACCCAAGAGCAAGACUCAGGCUCAGAAGGAGUUGCUGGACACAGAACUGGACCUAUAUAAGAAGAUCCAGUCAGGAGAAGACGCUGUUCAACUGAAGAUCAGAUACACACAACUACAGUUAGAGGCAGCUAAGAGGGGGAUCCUGGCUCCAGGGCGGGGCAGAGGUGCCCAUGCUAGGGGCCGUGGGUCCCUGAGGAGCAGGGGUAGGGGUAGGGGGUGCCGGGGUAGGGGUCUCCCUGCCCACUCCACGGUAGACCACAGACCCAGAGCCCUGGAGAUCUCUGGCUUUACCGACGCUGACCUUCAGGACCUGCUGCCACACUUCGCUCAAUUUGGAGAGUUGGAGGACUGUCAGAUAGACGAUACUUCCUUUCUGGCUGUUAUCACCUACAGGAGCAGACCAGAGGCUGAACAGGCGGCGGUGCACGGUGUUCGUCUGAACAGCAGCGAGUUGCGUCUGUCCUGGCACAAGCCUGCCGUCUCCCUGACCUCCCAGGAGCCUGACGAGCAGGAGGCAGAUCAUGACGAGUUCCAGGAAGAGUCGCUGAUUGAUGAUGCGUUGCUACAGGACGACGAUGAGGAGGAUGAUGACAACGAGCCCCGCCCCUGGCGCAGAUGAAGACGGCCCUGAUUGGACGAAACGCUAACGCAACUUUUUAUUGCUUUGCAGUUUCUGAUUGGCUGUCUGUUUUUGAAACUUCUAGGUGCAUUUCACUAUGGUUAGAACCUAAACAGCUAAUUCAUUCUGUUGUACUGAUUCAAUAGAUCACUAGACAAAGUACUGUUGGAGGUUCAUGGAAAUACUGUUUUUUUUUUUUCUUCCUGCUUUUCAUUUGUACAAAUAGUUUGAUAACAUUUAAGAUGGUACAGUUUAUUUUUGCUUAUUGGGUAGAAAUGAUCUGAUACCAGAUGACUUUAGAAAAAUGGCAUUGACCGAUCAGAUCAAAUGAUGCCAUAAGAGCAUUGUGUUGAACGCUGUGCAAUGUUUAAAAGUGAGAACCGCAGAAGGGCGAAGUUACUAAAUGAUGUGUUGACUGUGUGAUAUUAAGGUUGCUUCUUGUGUAAAUAUUUUAUGUCUGGAUUUUAAUGAUUUGUAUGACAGCUUUGCUUCUCGAUUCUUCCUUGGAUUUAUUUUUGAAAUGUCAAAAAAAAAAUAAAGACUAGAAAUGGUCCCCCCCAAAAACAAUCAGCUGCAAAAAAACAAACAGAAAAAAAACAUUGGAGAAUCCUGCAGCUGUGAUGGCAUUGAUGAAAUAAACAAAACCAGCUGGAAAAAAAACAUCCCCACAAAAAAGCUGACAAAAUAAAGACCAUUAAAAAAUAAACGUUUUCACAAAAAGAGCAAAUUUCCAUAUGGUUUUCCAUUUUCCAUAAAAAAUGGUAAAGAGAUGAAAACAAUUUUCCAUGUCCACACUUGGUGAGGCUCGGUGUCAGUAAGAUGGUAUCUCUUGGUAUGGUGUCUCGGUAACGGUAAGUUCUGUUUAUCUCUUGGUAUGGUAUCUCAGUAACGGUAAGUUCUGUUUAUCUCUUGGUAUGGUAUCUCGGUAACGGUAAGUUCUGUUUAUCUCUUGGUAUGGUAUCUCGGUAACGGUACGUUCUGUUUAUCUCUUGGUAUGGUAUCUCGGUAACGGUAAGUUCUGUUUAUCAACAGGACAUAUUGUCUCUUAGACCUGGGACCAGAGGACAACAGGACAUAUUGUCUCUUAGACCUGGGACCAGAGGACAACAGGACAUAAUGUCUCUUAGACCUGGGACCAGAGGACAACAGGACAUAUUGCCUCUUAGAUCUGGGACCAGAGGACAACAGGACAUAAUGUCUCUUAGACCUGGGACCAGAGGACAACAGGACAUAAUGUAUCUUAGAUCUGGGACCAGAGGACAACCUGACCUGAUAGACACUUCCUCUUCUGAUCAACAAUACAUUUUGGAUUUUACUUUUGAAAUGUUCAUGCCAUGAUUUGUAAUAAUGGUGAUCAUUUGUAAUAAAUGAUGUGUGUGUGUAUAA